UUGAAACCUUCGAGACCUUCGAAUCUCUAUCGCAAUCUCUUUCUCUGUAUAUAAAACCCUAGAAGUUUGAAUUUCAAUCCAUUGAUCGCUUGCUCUAUCGAUCUGAGAGAUCGAAUGGGGUCGGAGGAUUGCUGUGCCACCCAGCUGAUUGAUGGCAAUGGGCAGUUCAACGAGCGAGGCCUAGAGCACUUCGUGCGCACCGUCAAGCUCGCCGACUGUGGUCUUUCCUAUGCCGUCGUCUCCAUCAUGGGCCCUCAGAGCAGCGGGAAAAGCACCCUACUUAACCACCUUUUUAGGACCAACUUUAGAGAGAUGGAUGCUAUCAGAGGGAGGAAUCAAACUACCAAAGGAAUCUGGAUUGCAAAAUGUGUUGGUAUUGAGCCUUUCACCGUUGUCAUGGACUUAGAGGGUACUGAUGGGAGAGAAAGAGGAGAGGACGAUACUACUUUUGAGAAGCAAAGUGCACUUUUUGCUUUGGCUAUUUCAGAUAUUGUUCUGAUCAACAUCUGGUGUCAUGAUAUUGGGCGAGAGCAUGCUGCUAACAAGCCUCUUCUCAAGACUGUUUUUCAGGUCAUGAUGCGCUUGUUCAGUCCUCGCAAGACAACUUUACUAUUUGUAAUCCGUGAUAAGACGAAGACUCCGUUGGAGCGGUUAGAGCCUGUUUUAAAGGAGGAUAUUCAGAAGAUCUGGGAUGCUGUUUCCAAGCCACAAGCCCACAAAGACACUAAACUUAGUGAGUUCUUCAAUGUUGAGGUCACAGCUUUGCCAAGCUAUGAAGAAAAGGAGGAGCAAUUUAAAGGACAGGUUGCGCAACUUAGACGACGUUUCUUCAAUUCAAUUGCCCCUGGAGGUCUUGCAGGUGAUAGACGUGGUGUAAUUCCUGCCUCAGGAUUUUCAGUUAGCGCACAGGAGAUUUGGAAAGUUAUCAAGGAAAACAAGGAUCUCGAUCUUCCUGCUCACAAGGUUAUGGUUGCUACUGUUCGGUGUGAAGAAAUCACAAAUGAGACACUAAGUCGCUUAAGUUCCGAUGAGGAUUGGGUGAAUUUGGAAGAAACCGUUCAAUAUGAGGCAGUGCCAGACUUUGGGAAAAAACUUGGCUCCAUCCUUGAUUUUUAUCUCUCUGAGUAUGACAUCGAAGCUGUGUAUUUUGAUGAAGGUGUCAGGAAUGCAAAAAGGCAGCAGCUGGAAUCUAGAGCCUUGCAACUUGUUUAUCCUGCUUUCCAAGCCAUGCUGGGGCAUCUUCGUACCAAAGCUUUCAACACAUUCAAGAAUGAUCUUGAGCAGUCAUUGCAGAAAGGGAAAGGGUUUGCAUUAUCUGUUCGUGAGUGUUCCCAAUUGUCUAUGCUUGAAUUUGAUCAAGGUUGCGCAGAUGUUGCUGUUAAGCAGGCUGACUGGGAUACUUCUAAAGUCCGGGAGAAGCUUCGCCGUGACAUUGAAGCUCAUGCAACGUCUGUGCGCACUGCAAAAUUGGAAGAACUGAAAGCUGAAUAUGAGAGGCAACUAACUGGUGCACUUGCUGAACCUGUUGAAUCACUAUUUGAUGCUGCUGGUGCUGGGCAAGAUACAUGGGCAUCCAUAAGAAAACUUUAUAAGCGUGAGACAGAAAAUGCUCUGUUGGGGUUUUCAGCUUCCCUAUCCGGCUUUGAAUUGGACUGCUCAAAAUUUGAUAAGAUGCUGGAAAAUUUGAAGGCCAAUGCAAGAGGUGUUAUUGAAAAGAAAGCAAGAGAAGAGGCAGGGAAAGCUUUGAUUCGUAUGAAGGAUAGGUUUUCAAGCGUAUUCAGUCAUGAUGCUGAUUCUAUGCCAAGAAUGUGGACGGGGAAGGAAGAUAUUAAGAAGAUCACGAAGCAAGCUCGUGAUGCGGCACUAAAGCUUCUAUCCAUAUUGGCAGCAAUACGUUUGGAUGAACAACCAGAUAAUGUUGAGCAUAUUCUCAGGUCAACACUCAUUGAUGGUCCAGUUGUCCAAGCUAGAAGCAUAGAGGCUCCUACAGAUCCACUCGCGGCUAGCACGUGGGAAGAGAUUCCUCCAAGGUAUACAUUGAUCACUCCAGUGCAGUGCAAGUCUUUGUGGAGACAAUUCAAAACAGAAACCGAGUAUUCUGUUACCCAAGCAAUAUCUGCACAGGAAGCUUACCGACGUAGUAACAGUUGGUUACCGCCUCCAUGGGCAAUAGUUGCAAUUGCAGUUCUCGGUUUCAAUGAAUUUAUGGCACUUCUGCGGAAUCCUUUGUAUCUAAUUGUGCUCUUCGUUCUUUACUUGCUCACCAAAGCACUUUGGGUUCAGCUUGAUGUCAAUGCAGAAUUUCGCCAUGGAGCUGUCUCGGGUAUUCUUGGAUUAUCAUCAAGAAUUCUUCCAACAAUUAUGAACCUGCUAAAGAAGUUAGCAGAGGCUGGUCAACCACAUCCUCAACCCCCGCAAUCUCCGCCCCGGCCGCCUCUAGACUCCCACAGUUUCCGAAACCAAUCGCAAAGACAACCCACAUUGUCUCACUCAAUUCCUGCAUCAUCAUCAUCAUCUACGAUUUCUUCUCCGGCGAGUGUGGUAGAGCAUACAAGCCCUCUAAUGCAAAGCCAUGCCGGAGAUACCGAUACCGAUACCGAGUUGAGUAGUACUUCUUGAGUGAUUUUGCAACACUGAUCCAAUGUGUAUGUACAAAGUUUACCAUCCAAUAGGGACAAAAUUAUGACAUAGUAAUGUUUUCAGAUAUAUAUAUAUAUAUAUAUAUAUCCUGAGCAAAGGAAUGGAAAAGAGUGAUAUAGCCCAGUUUGUUAGUGUCUAAAACAAACCUGAAUUUUAGUGUUUCUUUUGAAUGUUCUUUUAAUGUGUACAGCAAACUGUAUCUACAAAAUGCGGUCAUGUUAUCAAUUAAAUUAUAUAAAGUA